GAGCAAAUGGACUGUUCCCCUCCCACAGACUGCAACACCUGCUUCUGGAAGAAAUCAUUCCUAUUUUCAGCUCUGUAUGCUGCCUUUAUAUUUGGUGGUCGGCACCUAAUGAACAAACGAGCAAAAUUUGAACUGAGGAAACCACUAGUGCUCUGGUCCCUGAGCCUUGCCGUCUUCAGUAUAUUCGGUGCUGUUCGAACUGGUGCUUACAUGCUGUACAUUUUGAUGACCAAAGGCCUGAAGCAGUCAGUGUGUGAUCAGAGCUUUUACAAUGGACCUGUCAGCAAAUUUUGGGCAUAUGCAUUUGUGCUAAGCAAAGCACCCGAACUAGGAGAUACAAUAUUCAUUAUUCUUAGGAAACAGAAGCUCAUCUUCUUGCACUGGUACCAUCACAUUACUGUGUUGCUUUAUUCUUGGUAUUCUUACAAGGACAUGGUGGCUGGUGGUGGCUGGUUUAUGACCAUGAACUAUGGAGUACAUGCCGUAAUGUACUCUUACUAUGCCUUGAGGGCUGCUGGCUUCAGAGUCUCACGCAAGUUUGCCAUGUUCAUCACCUUAUCACAGAUCACUCAGAUGUUGAUCGGUUGUGUAGUUAAUUACCUGGUCUUCUCCUGGAUGCAGCAGGGCCAGUGCCAUUCCCAUGUUCAGAACAUCAUCUGGUCCUCUCUCAUGUACCUCAGCUACUUUGUGCUCUUCUGCCAUUUUUUCUUUGAGGCCUAUAUCGGCAAAACCAGAAAAACAAGGAAGGCUGACUAGUGGUAGAAACGAGACAGAAGCCAUAGCUCAGGGUCAUCAAGAAAAACAAAAUUAUAAGAAAAGAAAAUGGCACAAGGAAACACAUAUAUGUAUGGUGCAGCUAAAACUUGGCAGCUUAGGGAAAGUUAGCUUGGUUUAACCCAGUAAGUUUAUGAUCCUAUCAUGGUGAGGACUCACUGAAUCCACUCUAUCUCAAAGGACUGCUGAUGAAAGACAUCUUCCUUCUUGUACCUGUCUGCUCCAGAAAGGAAAAGAAAGGAAAGCAAAGAGAAAAGAAAAAGAAGAAAAAGAAAAAGAAAAAGAAAGAAAAA